UCAGUGUGCCCUGGAUUUGGCAACGCUGACCCUGCAGCUAUCAGAAGGAUUAUUAAUGAAGACACACAGGCAUGGAAAUUACAGGAUAACCUGGGAGGGGGAAUGGAUCCGAUUGUGGAAGUAGUGGCUUUGGUUUUGGGGUUCAUUGGAUGGGUGAUGGUGGGGAUUGCCCUGCCAAAUCGCUACUGGAGGACGUCCACCAUCGACGGGAACGUCAUCACCACCUCCACCAUCUAUGAAAACUUGUGGAUGUCAUGUGCAACGGACUCGACUGGGGUUCAUAACUGCAGGGAGUUCCCUUCACUGCUCGGUUUGAGUGGUUACAUCCAGGCGUCUCGUGCCUUGAUGAUCAUAUCGAUAGCGUUGGGCACCUUUGGUCUAGUGGCGGCCCUGAUAGGAGUACAGUGUUCGAAGGCAGGAGGGGAAAACUAUGUUCUCAAAGGGAGGAUUGCCGGCACUGCUGGAGUCUUUUUCAUACUUCAAGGUGUCUGCACAAUGGUCUCAGUGUCCUGGUAUGCCUUCAAUAUCACUCAGGAAUUCUUUGACCCUUUCUAUCCAGGGACAAGGUACGAAAUAGGAGAGGGGCUUUACAUCGGCUGGUGCUCCGCUGUGCUCGCCAUCGCAGGAGGAACCUGUCUCACCUGCUCCUGCAAAAUGGGCACAGAGGAAAAGUACCCUUUGCCCUAUCAAACUAGGGGAACUGUAUAUUCUGGAGCUGCUCCGACCAGAAGUGUGGCUGCCAGUACUUACGGCCGAAAUGCAUAUGUGUGAGCAGGAUAUGAAAACAGAACUAUGUCGAUCAAAUCUCUUACAAAUCCCUGGGGUAAACGUUUUCAUCAUUGCAUUUAUUUGCUGAUGCACCUAACAUGUCCUAGUGCUCGGUUCUUACACCUCAGAUUUUUUUUUGUUUUGUCCAUGACUUUUUGAAAAAGCUCAAGGUCCAUCAAAUGCUCACUGAUGGAAGAAACACAGCGCCACUGAACUGUAUAUAACCACUAUCUCAAGUAUGCAUUCUGUAAAAAUUAUAGCAUUGAAAUGAUAGCACUGAUGUUGUAAACAUUGUACAGUGCUGAGCUACUUGUCACUGUUUCAAUGCACAACCAAACUAUACGCUUGCAAUGAUUUUAUUUAUGUUUCUGUGAUGAUGUUAGCACAAAUACAUUUACAUACAGUCACUUAUUUUGAAAGAAAUUCAAUCGUUUGAUGAUCUGCGUGUACGCUUCUAGACAUCUGUAAGGGGAAGGUCAAAAGUGUGAUAAUCCAGAUAUUUGUGUGUGUUGUUUUGUACAGUUUUAUAGAUAGUACCUGUGUAAGAGGGGGAGGGCAGGUUGUCUUUGUUUUGAUGGUAUUUUGGUUUUUUGUUUGUUUUC